AUGUUCCCACAGCUCACUCAAAAACAUCAUCUGGAAAACAAAUUUCAAGAAACUUUCGAUCAAUAUCAUAUGACGGUGAAAAGACAGCUAGAAGAUGACACAGAUCAUGAGAUCGAGAACAUGGCCAUGGCUAACUGCUUAAUGCUACUCUCUCGUGUGGGUAAAUCAAGUUCUUCGUCGCCGGAACCAGGCCGGUUGUUUCACUGUAAGACCUGCAACAAACCGUUUCAGUCGUUUCAAGCGCUUGGAGGCCACAGUGCCAGCCAUAAACGACCGAAGUUAAACGAUGAACAUAAUCAAUCUCCGGCGAAGCCCAAGACGCAUGGGUGCUCGGUUUGUGGACAGGAGUUUGCCAUCGGGCAAGCGUUGGGUGGUCAUAUGAGGCGGCACCGUGAUGAUGCCACCGGAAAAACUAUCCAGAUGGCGGGGAAGAAACAAAGUGGGACUGGGAUGAGAGGGUUGUGUUUGGAUUUGAAUUUGACUCCGUAUGAGAACGACUUGAAGAUGUGGCCGAUUGUUACAUAA